UACCUUAUCAAAGGAAGGUUGGGAAGCGUUAAUGCAACAAUUCAAUGCUUUGAACUCUAGAAGCUAUGAUAAGAAGCAGUUAAAAAAUAAAUGGGAUAAUUUGAGAAAAGACUGGAAUAUAUGGGACAAAUUGCUGAACAAAGAGACCGGCUUGGGAUGGGAUGGCGAAAAGAAUACUAUUUCAGCACCGGAUGAGUGGUGGAGUCAAAAGAUUAAGGAGAAUCCUGAGUAUAGAAAAUUCAGAUAUAGACCACUUCCAUAUGUACAAGAAUUGACACAGUUGUUCCAGCUAGUUGCAGCUCGAGGUACUUACCUGUGGACACCUGCGGCUAAUGAUGCACAAGAUGUGUAUAGGCCUCAACUGGAUUUAAUUGAAGGAUCAGGAGACAGUGAUGAUGUGAGAAAUAUUAGUGGAGGAGCUCUUCCAGAAAUUGGGCAGGUCAACUUGAACAAUGCAUACAGUGGUGGUUCUAAUUUGAGGAGCAAGAGAAAGAUAAGUGAAAGUGGUCAAAACAAAAAGGGAAAACGUCUUGCAACUGUGAUGGUUGAUUCAGUGAGUCGCUUGGUGUCCACACAAGAGGAUAGGGUUUCAACAUUGAAGUCAAUUCUUAAUUCCAUAGGGGGUGGCACAAAACCAGUUGAUCAAAAUGUGGUGGAUGUUGCAAAAGAACUUUAUAGAAUCGAGGAGAUUGCUUAUGAUGAGUCGCUUCUUGGACAGUGUGCUAUGGCUUUGUUAGAUAAGACUGCAAGUGGACAUGUAUAUUGGGCUUAG